CUGGAUUUGUAAUGGGGGAUCAUUUCAUGGAAGAUACUCCAAUGGGAGAAGGGUGUUCCCAGACUCUUUUUAAACUGACAAAGGAUAAAAGAAUUAUAAGUCGUGCAGCAUGUGUCAAUCCACCCAGCCAAAUGCCUGCAGUUUGGGACAUAACUUCCAUUGUCAGGAAAGACAAGGUCAGAUUUCUAUCUUCAUUGCCUGGUUUUUCUAUAAUACCAGCCUGUGAAGAUUCCCAUCAGGAAAAAGAAUGGGGGCAGUUCUUGGAUUUCCUUCAGAAGCAUAACAGGGUUGCUAUAUCAAACUUCGGAUUGUUUGAAUUCUACAUACUACCUUCCCUUGAACGCUCAAGAUCUGACCUUGCAACUGUUCGAUACAAAGGGAAAGCAUCAAAAACAUCUCCAGGGGUUGCUGAUUCUGAUCAAAUAUCUCCGCCUACAUCUCAAUCUCAGGCUGGUGAGGUUGCUAUGUCGAUCUCAAACGUUUCUCAAGAUAAAUAUUCUCCUAAGAUACAAUGUGCAGAAGUAAAUGGAGAUUCCUCUUGUGAUUUGUCAGCUAAAGCUAGCAGUCAAUUAGGAAAUUCUGUUGAAACAGUUAAACCCUUUCAGAGAAAUUAUGUAACAGCACAUCCCAGUUAUCUGAAAACACUUGGUCAAGCACAUUCCAGUUGGAUAUUUGGGGCAGUUGCUGAGCUUGUUGAUAAUGCAAGGGAUGCAAAAGCAACCAAAUAUCCAAAGAAUGGUAUCAUUUGGCCACGGGAAAACUGAAGUAGAUGACCCCAAUCAUAUUGGAAUGUAUGGAAUUGGGUUUAAGACUGGCACUAUGCGACUAGGAAAGGAUGCUUUGGUUCUGACCCAGACAACUAACUCCAGAUCAAUUGCAUUCCUCUCGCAGUCGCUGAAUGAAGGCAAAGAU